ACAGAUUUUAUGGAAAAGAUAAAAAAGUAUAUAUGGUCAUCAACGAUAGAGCCUGCUGAGUUUGAGGAGGGUUGGAAAUCCGUAAUGGAUGAGUUUAAGUUGGAAGAUCAUGCUUGGUUAUCAUAUUUGUAUGCUAUGAGGGAGUCAUGGAUCCCUGCAUAUUUUCGUGAUAAACCAAUGUAUGGGCUGAUUAGGACGACGUCGAGGUCGGAGAGUGAAAACUUUUUUUUUAGCCAGUUUCAUCAAAGUGGAAGUACAUUGUCCGAGUUUUACAUUCGGUUCGAAAGUGCCAUGGAUAAACAACGUAAUGAAACUAAGAAUUUGAAUCAUGUGGAUUCAUCUGCCAAACCAGCCACAAUUUCUACAUUAUUUCUUGAGGAUGAUGCAGCAGAGUUGUACACUCGUGAAAUUUUUUACAAAAUUCAAGAGGAAAUUUUGGCAGCUCGUGAUGAUAUGCGAAUUCAAACUAUUGGUCCUGAGAUUAAUGGUAUGAAGUGUUAUGAAAUGAAGGACGUGAAAAUGAAAGAUAAGCUUUUCAAGGUUGAAGUUAGCAGAACACAUGCUAAUUGCUCCUGUAAGAAAUUUCUUAUGUGUGGGAUUCUUUGUCGGCAUGCAUUUUGUGCACUUAAUCAUUUCGAAGUGGUAAAGAUACCUAGGCGUCUUGUUCUCAACCGGUGGAUGAAAAAUGCAGAAAAUAAGGCUUCACUACAAAUGUUUGGCUUAUUGGAUGAUCAUCAGAACAAGGAAUCUGUUUCUGCAGAAUUAGCAAAUGUGUGGUUUACAUUUCACAAGUGUGUGACUGUAGCAGGGAUAGAUCUUGUCAAACUUAAGCAAAUCAGUACCACAGUAAAGGAAUUACAUGUAUCUUUCGUUAAUGAUGGUGCAAGCUUUAACAAGAAAGAUUUCUUGGGGAACUUGAUAGGUAACAAACCAGUUGGGGAGAUAACCAUUCAUCCACCAGUACAAUGCAAGAAUAAAGGGUCCGGUCUGAAGAGGCUUCUUAGCGAAAGGGAGAAAGCGAUAAAACAAGUUGAAAAAAAGAAGCGGAAAUGCAAACUCUGUGGUUCUACUGUUCAUGACCAAAGAACAUGCCCUAAAAAGAAGAAAAUUGUUGAAGAGGAAGUUAUGAAUGGAGUGGAUACAGAGCUAUGAUAUCAUCAUGAUGUUUAAAAUUUUUUGUUUCUAGUUACAUGGAUAUUUGAUGUUAUAUCUGUGUUAAAUUUUUUUGGUGAUUUUUAAUGUGUAAUUGAUGAUUUUUAUUGUUU